AUGUCGCUCAGCGUCCUUCACCGGCCAGAACUAAAGGCUUCGCGGCUUCCGCCGUCUCAGCCCACGACUCCACAGACGGCGCCUCCGCCGCCCGCGCCUCCGCGGGCGCACCUACCGUCGCCGCCGCCCCAGUCUGGUCACCUGCACCAGACGGGCGCCUAUCGCCGCCGCCGCAAACGAUGGACGCUGAGGCCGCCGCCGCCGUCGCCCAUGAAGGUCGCUUCUCCGCCUCCUCAUCCGAGCUUACCCAGUGGCGGUGCGCGGUCUGGGCAGGUUUCCAUGGGGCGUUUUCCUCGCACCCUCGCAAGCAAUUCGGGGUCGCGGGUGGACAGCGCGCACCCUCAGUUCCGCUGUCCGCCCCCUCAGCUGCGCCGCCCCUGGGUCCCUCCACCCGCCGUCGGAAGCCAUACUCGACGACGACGAAUGGUGAACAGUGUGAGGGACUGA